GGUUUAUUUCCCAGUCGUGCCAUCUUACGGGUUCGUUAACUCACUCUUCAGUAAGGAACGUGGGUCGUCCCUAACCUAAAACGAGCAGCUUUUGACGCGUCCGCAGGCACAGCAUAUGUUACAGCCGGAAUGGUUUUACUCGAGAAUGAUUUGUUUUUGGUAGAGCUGACGCGACUCUUUGACAAGUCACGAUUGUCCGGAUCCGUCGCCUUGACGAUAAAACGAUUUGACGGGCAUGAAAAACCCGUGCCCAGAGAAGGCAGAGCCGCCUUACCCGCGCCGACGGAGUAUUUGUGUUUAGUGCGAGCCUCCCUUCGAUCGAAAAAGAUCGCCACCGUCAUUCAUUCCAAGGAUGUAAACAAGUUUCAACAAGCCUACUGGGGUCUUUUAAAAGCCAAUAUAAACGGUCUCAAGAAAUUAAAGAAAACCAAGUCAGUCAAACCUAAGGCCCAUUGACACGCUUGCUGGUGUCCCUGUAUCCUAUAUCAUAAAUAUUACUCGACUGACUUGGCGAGCUACGACAUCCAAUCGUCUUUUGUACCAUAUAUAAACUGCGUAAGAAACUUAUAGGGAAUAAAAAUUAUGUUUUAAG